AUGGCCACCAACAAACUGCCUUUCACUUUUGCCCUUCUCUUUACCCUGACACUUACUUAUGCAAUAAGGUCCAGUGAGCAGCGAGAUUUCUCCACCAAUGCCAAGAAAUCUCAGAGUGUUCGAGAUCAAUUUGAAGAAGUGAAGGCUUAUCGACCCACAGAGCCAGGCCAUAGUCCUGGUAUUGGUCAUAAUAUACCUCCCGCACCAACUCCUGACCCUACAAUGAAUAGUCUUGGUGACCAUUUCCAUGAAGUAAAGGCUUAUCGACCAACAACACCAGGAGCUAGUCCUGGAAUUGGCCAUGGUGUACCACCUAUACCACCUGAGAGUGAGAAGUCAUUCAGAGAUGUUCGAAUGCAGUUUUGGUUGAAGCAUACCAACUAA